CUGCUUCUGCGAGAGAAGUUUUGCUUAAAACUUCAUUGGAAUAUGUACCUUGGUGGUUUUACUCUUUUGAAUUUCCGUGUAUGUAUAGUUGUUGCACAAGGGUUCUUCCUCCUCAAAUCUUGCAAGUAAGUUACAAAAUUGUCAUAACUCUUGUUUACCUUCUUUCCGAGUGGACAGUUGGUGAUUGUUCGUGUUAUCUGAAUCUCUUUUAGUGCUUUUACUCUUGCAUCUGCAACUGGUGAUCAUUUGGUCGAUGUACAAGCUAACGUACAAAGUAGCAUAGUCUUACAGAUUUCAAUCUACAUUGCCUCAAGUGAUGAUAUGGAAAGCUAGCUUUAUAAUACUUCUGUAAACUUUUGAACAAUCCGUCAGCGCAAAAUGCCAUCAGCUGCUUCAUAAUUUGGUCACGCCUCAUGAUCAAUUUGGUUCUGUUGAUCCCUUUCUCCACAUCCCGGACUACCCUAACGACCGGCUACUGUCAUAUUCUUAAGGACGCUCGAUACGAACAUGCAGUAGUUCUUAACGGGAAGGUCGUGAUAAACCAUAAUCGUAGAUGUAAUCAGUUUGAUGUCCCUUGCUUUGUCAUCCAAAACUUGGUCGGUCGCUUAUUUGAUACGAUCAAUCAUGACUUUCAUUUUGAGCUCCACUCUCUCGCCAUUUGUCUGGAAUCUUGUGGUUCUGCCUGGACUGUUGAAAGAUUGUUCCUGCCGGUUCCUUGGAAUCGAAAAUCUGACACACGGCAAAGGCCACUCAUGUUAGCCUUGAGAUAAAUAAAUAAUACGUUCUGAACAAUCAUAUGAAAAAGUUUGCAGUUACUCUCUGUUGUUCUUCUUGCAAUCCUUCCGUUGCUCUCUCCGCUGAACCACAAAAAAGGUCGAGGGAGAUACUGUCGUGCUGCUUGUAAUGGGCGGUGCCUUUGAAAUCGUAUUGUUAAGCAGCAGCUUGGAACCCGUAUUUUCUUCCUAGGGGAGGAAGCUCUCUAUUCCACAUCCAUUUCUCUCUCCGCUUUCUUGAAGUGCCAAGCGGCAGAUAGUCGAUGGAUGCAUGUUCCUGGUUUUGCCUCUUCGCAGGUCUUCCCAGUUUCCAACAGCAUAUGCAUGUGACUCUCAAGACUCUCAUACUUGUCCGAAACUUAGUAACCUACACUGAUUAGCGUCUCGUUGAGACUCAUAUGCUCAUAUGACAUUGAGGUCAACAAUAAGUACAAUAUGAAAAGUAUCGUGUAGAUCAACUGAAUCUCGAACUAAAUACGUCUCGACUCUGCACUGCAUAGUCUGCAGCCAGAAGUCAUAGUCUAAACUCGAACUCAUACCUUUUAUCUCCUGUUACCUCCAGUGGAAUGUCCUUCUAACCGAGCAAUUAUAUUAGUCCAUCUCCACCACCGUCUGUCAAAACUCUGAACAGGAUCUACUUCCUCCAAAUCACAUCUGACUCUAUUUCUCAUGAUUUCCAUUCUCACCUGAACUCUUGAUCUGCCUUCUCGAGUCCCCACUGUCCCAAACUCUGCACUCUUACAGAUUUCAAGUACUUUUGUCCAUGAUUGGAACUCCCAUGUCAUGUCUCAAGCUAAUCCCUCUACAGUAUGACUCGAGCAUUAAGUGUCUACAUCUUAAUAAUGCCUAAGUGCCACAUAAUUAGUCUUGGAAGCUCCCCUCAAUCGUCUCCCACUAUGAUAGUCUCACUAUACAAGCACUAACAAGUCUGAUAGUCAGAGUGAUUUCUAUCAAUCGCUGUUUGUUAAGAUUUCCUUUCGGUAGAAUUACUGCUGCAUGACUGAAUCAUCUUGUUCGCUAUAUUUUUACUGAGUCGGGCAGAUCAGAGUGAAUGUAAUGGCUUUUCCAUAGCCAGAAUUAGUAUCUCAUCAAUGAUGGGAUUUAUACGAUGUACUAGACGUUUCUCACACAUGCCCACGGUGACAUACCAGUUGGCAUUUACAAGUGCAUGGGAUAAAAGUUUCUACACUGCAACUUAUUUUACAUCCUUCUCUUACGUCUUAUAAGUCUGCAACGCCUUCUGGCUGCAGGUCAUACAUAGAAACCAAAUCCCAAACCCAUUAUCUGCCUUCAAAGAGAAGGAGAAUGCUUGAAGUGGUUUUGGAGUUUAAUUUGACAUCGGAACAUGAGGUUGGUGUGGCCAUGUCGGAAAAUGCUAUUAUCUAUAAGGACAAGUUUGUCAGAGUGACCUUAGUCUGAAUCCUUGGGUUGAGUUCUUAAGACACCUGCGUGGAUGUCGCUUCACUCAGAGCUAAAAUCUAUCGGGUCUCUGACCUAUUUAUGUGUAAUUAAUAAUCAUUUCUCUGUCAUCAUUCAAUUAUGUAGUAUCUAAGGAUUUCGACGUUUGCUAUCUGGUUUAGAAAUUGCCACAAGAUUUUAUGCAUCCAUGUGAUCUAUCAAAAUCGUGGUACGCCGAGCAUGAUUAUACGACGCACAAUCAUCUUGUAUUUCACAAUGAACUCCAAAUCUC